ACCCCGUGACUUGAGGUGACUCCACCCCCUCGGCUGUGGAGAAUAUUGACGGGGCAGGGUAGAGGCGGGUUUUGGUUGUUAUGGCGACCUGGCUUUCCUUUCCGCCCAGAAGCCGGAUAUCUGACAGUGACUGGGAUAGACGGGAGGAGUUGAGGCGAGAGAGCGGCUCGGGCUCAUACACUUUACAGCAGCCAGCCGGGACCCGCCGCGGGCUGAGCAAACAUGAUGAACUCCGAUGCCCUGGUGGACCUAACUGAUGAUUUGGAAAGAGAUGAAACCACACAUUCCCUGGAGCAACUGAAACUGGCAUCCGUAGAUGACCGAAACUGGCCCUCUGAUGAUGUUCAGGACUUCCCCAAGCCGGCUGGUGACUCCAAGCUUUCCCCUGAUCCCAUCAUCCACCUUCGCUGGGAUGAUCCUUAUUAUGACAUUGCCAGACAUCAAAUUGUGGAAGUGGCAGGCGAUGACAAAUUCGGGCGCAAGAUUGUCAUGUUCAGCGCCUGCCGCCUGCCUCCGUGUCACCAGCUCGAUCACGUUAAACUUCUGGAGUAUCUGAAGCACACAUUGGACCAGUAUGUGGAAAGUGAUUACACGCUGAUCUACCUGCACCAUGGCCUGACCAGUGAGAACAAGCCAUCUCUGGGCUGGCUGAGAGAUGCGUAUCGAGAGUUUGACCGCAAGUACAAAAAGAACAUCAAGGCUUUGUACAUUGUCCACCCCACGAUGUUCAUCAAGACCUUACUGGUUCUGUUUAAACCUAUUAUCAGCUUCAAGUUUGGUCGGAAGAUUUUUUAUGCAAAUUACCUGAGUGAAUUGGAUGAGAUUAUCAAGAUGGAGCAGUUGGGGAUCCCCAAAUCAGUACUCGAGUAUGACAAGCUUAUCCGCUCUACAAUGAAGACCCAACCAGCCAGUCAGAAGACUGCUCCUCCCCGGCCGCCUCUGCCUAACCAGCAGUUCGGUGUCUCUCUGCAGCAGUUGAGGGAGAAGCGCCCAGACAAUGAGAAGAUUCCCCAUGUUAUACAGGAGACAGUGCUCUAUCUUCGACAGAAUGCUCUUGACACGGAGGGGAUAUUCCGGAGGUCGGCCAGCACUCAAGUGGUGCGAGAAAUUCAGCAGAAAUGCAACACAGGAACUCCCAUCAGUUUCGUGGAGUACAAUGAUGUUCACCUGACAGCAGUUAUUCUCAAGACAUUCCUCCGAGAGCUGCCAGAGCCGCUUCUGACAUUCAAACUUUACAAAUAUGUUGUUGACUUCUCCAGUAUAGAACCAGAGAAGCAAGUGGAAUCCACUCGGGAAGUUCUGAAGACGUUGCCUGAGGAAAACUAUGAGGUCCUGCGGUUCCUCACAGAGUUUCUUGUGGAGGUUUCUGCUCGGAGCUCUGAGAAUAAGAUGACCAACACUAACCUGGCGGUGGUAUUCGGGCCAAAUUUCAUGUGGGCGAAAGACGUGGCCAUGACCCUAAAAGCCAUUAAUCCCAUCAACACCUUCACCAAGUUCUUGCUGGACAACCAGAAGGAGCUGUUUGAAGAACGUUCUUUGUAAACCAGUAUGUUGUCACUGCAGCACUCCGCCACUGCCAAUCUGACGCCACACAACCACCUGCCCCGCAGCACUGUUCCGUUCCAUUCUGUAUGUAAACACCUAUGUGUGACGUGUUGGAGCUGGCAUCUCCAACUUAAAUUACAGCACAAAUACCCUUCUAGUUGAAGCCGCCCAUGUGUCUACUCGGUGUAUGCCGCUCGGUGACAGCUGAUGCCUCUGGCAGGCUUAAGCAUUUUUGUGUUGUGUGAUCGUUGUGAUGUUCAAUGGCAUGUUGGGUGUGAGGUGUUGUGUUUUGGUGUAAAGACCCCAUACAGUUGUUGAAGGGGAACCUUCUAUCCUAUAAUACUCCUCUCCCCUAGUUGGAAUACUUGCACGCUUUUUGACAAUUUUA